AUGAACCUUUACAAGAAGAAACAAUCCUUCUCAGCAGAAAACUUUGUACAGGCCCAAAUAGAAAAGAACACCAAACUACAGGCUGAACUGAUGAACCUAAAAAAGACACAGUUGGAGAAAUAUGAUGAAGCGAAGCAGCAAACAGACUGUUUGAGGAUUGUGAUGCUUGGAAAGACUGGCUGUGGAAAGAGCUCUUCAGGAAACACUAUUCUGGGAAAAAAAGUUUUUACAGCCGAAACAAGUACAAAUUCUGUUACCAAACUUUGUCAGAAAGAACAAUGUGAGGUUGACGGUCGUUGUGUUGUUGUUGUUGACACUCCUGGUCUGUUUGACAACAAUUUGUCUAAUGAAGAAGUUAAUGAAGAGACAGUGAAAUGUAUCAGUCUGCUGGCUCCAGGACCACAUGUCUUCCUGCUGGUGUUGUCGAUUGGUAGAUUCACUCAUGAAGAGGAGGAUACUCUAAAACUCAUCAAGAAAGGCUUCGGGAAAAAUUCAGAAAAAUUCACCAUCAUUCUUUUCACAAAAGGAGACACACUGGAGCAUGACAAGAAGUCUAUUGAAGAGUACAUUGGAAAAAGUCAGGGUACAUUUAAGAAGCUGAUCUCUGACUGUGGAGGCAGAUAUCAUGUGUUUAAUAAUUAUGAUGGAAAGAAUCAAACACAAGUCAGAGAGCUGAUAAAAAAGAUUGACAUCAUGGUGAAGGAAAAUGGAGGCAGCUGCUACACCAACGAGAUGCUGCAGGAAGCUGAAGCUGCAAUACAGAAAGAAGUGAAGAGAAUCCUUCAGGAGAAAGAAGAAGAGAUGAAGAGAGAGAAAGAGGAGCUUCAAAGGAAGCAUGAUGAAGAAAUGGAAGAAAUGAAAAGACAAAUGGAAGAAGAAAAGAAAAAACUCCAACAGGAAGCUGACAAAAAACUAAAAGGGAUGAAGAAAAAAAUAGAUGAAGAGCGCACGCAGAGGAAAAGAGAGAAGGAAGAAAGAGAAAAGGAGAACAAGUUAAAGGAAAGUGAAGAAGAAAAUCAACGACAGAAUAUGAAAAGACAACUUGAAUUAUUAGACAAACUAAUUCAGUCAGAACAGGAGGAAAAGAAAAAUGUCAACAGAGAGCUGGAAGAGAUGAAAGAGGAGAAGAGAAAAUAUGAGGCCUGGGAAAACGAACGUAAAGAAUGGUGGGAGAAACAAAAAGAAGAGGAGGAAAAGAGACAACAGGAUGAGCAGAGAAGAGAGAAGGAACUUGAGGAACAGUACAGGAAAGAACGAGAGAAAUAUGAAGAGAAAAGAAAGAAAGAGGAACAGAUCAGAAGAGAACAGGAUGAACAGAAAAGAAAGGAAUUAGAGGACAAAUUAACGAAUCUGCAAAAGGAAUAUGAAGAGAAAGCCAGAGAGCAGGCUGAGCAGAGGACUCAGCAGGAGGCCCUACAAGAGCUGGAGCGCCCACAGGAACCGGAACUGGAGGGUCCGGAGGAACCAGAGCCGGAGCAGGAGAACCCACAGGAACAAGAGCAGGAGCAGGAGGAUCCACAGGAACCGGAGCAGGAGGACCCACAGGAGCCAGAGCCGGAGCUGGAGGACCCACAGGAACCAGAGCCAGAGCUGGAGGACCCGCAGGAACCAGAGCCGGAGCUGGAGGACCCGCAGGAACCAGAGCCAGAGCUGGAGCUGGAGGGCCCACAGGGACCAGAGCCGGAGCUGGAGGGCCCACAGGGACCAGAACCAGAGGUCCCACAGGGACCAGAGCUGGAGGAAAAGCAGGAGCUGGAGUUCCAGCAUCAGAGGGGUGGGGAGGGUGGGACUCAGAAACCUCCAGAGCUGCCAGCUCUGAAGGACACCCUGAAGAAAAGAGUACCUUAA